AUAUAUAAUAACUAGAUGAUCUAUUUGUUUAUCAUACCCUUACAUCUUGGAGGAGAGUCGAGGAGUCAACUAAAACACGAAACAACAUGGCGUCAAAGCAAGGCGACGUGAAACUCAUCGACCCCUCGCAGCUACUGCGUCCGGAGCCGGCUUUCAACGACAAGCCGAUUGAUGCGUUCCGCGACUACACGGUGGACGACACGGACCCCAUCAGGGAGCGCGUGCGCAAGACUUACUAUGACAUGCACACUAAUGUCACUGUGGAACUCGUUAAACAAAAGAAAGAAAAAUGGCUGAAGUUCAACACUUUCAAGAGCACCAUCAAGGAUGCUCUGAUCAAGUUGAACGAGCUGGUGGACGAGUCAGACCCUGACACGAGCCUGCCGAACAUUGUGCACGCCUUCCAGACCGCCGAGAGGAUCCGCGCAGACCACCCUGAUGAUGACUGGUUCCAUCUUACUGGACUCCUCCAUGAUCUGGGCAAGGUGAUGGCUUUCUACGGCGAGCCCCAGUGGUGCGUGGUAGGAGACACCUUCCCCGUCGGCUGCAAGUGGGCUAACUCAAUCGUGUACGGCCCGGAGAGCUUCAAGGACAACCCCGAUACUUACAACCCUAAAUAUAACACUGAGUACGGCAUGUACAAGCCGCACUGCGGGCUGGACGCGCUCGAGAUCUCCUGGAGCCACGACGAGUACAUGUACCAGUUCUUGAAGCACAACAAGAGCAAGAUCCCCGACAAGGGACUCUACAUGAUCAGAUACCACUCCCUGUACCCAUGGCACGCUGGCGGCGACUACCGCCACCUCACCAACGAGAAGGAUGAGCAGAUCCUGGAGUGGGUGCUCGAGUUCAAUAAAUACGACCUCUACACUAAGAGCACAAAGGUCCCUGACAUCGAGGCUCUCUGGCCUUAUUACGAGAAGCUGAUUGAGAAGUACAUUCCAGGAGUCUGCGAGUGGUGAUCAGUUAUCACCAAUCACCAAUAUAAUAACCAAAAAUUGUGAUA